UUGUCUGGCGCUGGGGGCGUGGUCUGCUGAGCCGGAUCCUGUAAGCCGCUGGCCGGUAGUCGACCUGUUCGGUUGGAAAGUUGGAAUAACAUCGGAUCCGUCUAAAGCCGUAAUUUUUUAACCUUAUCAGCCGAACAGAGGACACCGUCUUGACCCUCACAGCGACCGGAUGAUUAAGAACGGGCACCAUGCGGCGGACCGGGAGGCGGAGAGAGGCGAGCCUCCGGGCGGGUCCGACCUGGACCAGAGGAGCGUCGUUAGGGUGUGGUGUGACGGCUGCUACGACAUGGUUCACUACGGACACUCGAACCAGCUGCGGCAGGCCAAGGCCAUGGGCGACUACCUGGUGGUGGGGGUCCACACCGACGCCGAGAUCUCGCGGCACAAGGGCCCCCCGGUCUUCACCCAGGCGGAGCGCUACAAGAUGGUGCGCGCCAUCAAGUGGGUGGACGAGAUCGUGGAGGGGGCGCCCUACGUCACCACGCUGCAGACGCUCGACCAGUUCAACUGUGACUUCUGCGUGCACGGAGACGACAUCACGCUCACGGUGGACGGCGAGGACACGUACGCCGAGGUGAAGCGCGAGCAGCGCUACAGGGAGUGCAAGAGGACCCAGGGCGUCUCCACCACCGACCUGGUGGGUCGCAUGCUGCUCAUGACCAAGACCCACCACAGCAACAUGGACAAUCCCGACUACCUGCAGCACACAGACAACUUCGGGAAGGGUCCUAAAGGCCACAGCCCGUGGACCGGCGUCUCCCAGUUCCUCCAGACCUCCCAGAAGAUCAUCCAGUUUGCGUCGGGGAAGGAGCCUCAGGCCGGAGACACCAUCAUCUACGUGGCCGGGGCCUUCGACCUCUUCCACAUCGGCCACGUUGACUUCCUGGAGAAGGUCUACAACCAGGCAGAGAAGCCUUACGUCAUCGUUGGCCUGCACUUUGACCAGGAAGUGAACCGCUACAAAGGGAAGAACUACCCAAUCAUGAACGUCCACGAGAGGACGCUCAGCGUCCUGGCCUGCAGGUACGUGUCUGAGGUGGUGAUCGGGGCACCCUACGCCGUGGGCCGGGACCUGCUGGAUCACUUCAAGGUCGACCUGGUGUGUCACGGCAAGACGGAGGUGUUCCCGGACAAGGACGGAUCUGACCCCUACGCAGAGCCCAAGAAGAGGGGCGUGUUCCGGACGCUGGACAGCGACAACGGCCUGACCACAGACGACAUCGUCCAGAGAAUCAUCGAGAACAGGCUGCUCUUUGAGGCCAGGAACCAGAAGAAGGAGGCCAAGGAGAUGGCGGUGUUCGAGGCGAUGAAGAGGAGGGGGGAGACUACGGAGGACGCCGCCAAGUUGGCCUCCCAGUAGCGGCUCGGCGGGGGUCCCAGCGGGGGUCCCAGCGGGGGUCCCAGCGGGGGUCACCAGCCCCCUGCCGACCCGGGGGCGGGCCCGUGGUGAAACCACCGCUCCAGGGGCCUCAGGGGGUCUGCAGUACCUGAGCCGUACGUUACCUACCUGUGGGACGGCUCCCCGGGCAGGAAGGCGUCAGCAUAGAGCUCUGAACAGAGACCCAACACUUCAGUUUAACCAGGGUUUAAAAGCUUUCUUUAAUUAUCGCUGUGUGUCUGUGUGAGUGCGUGUGAGAGUGUGUAUGGUCGAGAGUGUGUAUGUGUCUGCGUGUUAGGAUUAGUGUGUUUUUACCCCUUUAUUGACCAGAUAUUUAUGUAAUUUGCUAAUUAUCCUCUCUAGAUUUUAAAUUACAGAAUUUUAAAAUAUGUGUGCUUUAACUAAUUAAGCUGAUCGUGUCUUCAGCAAGAGAAAUGUCACUGAAUUAUAAUACAUGCAAGUUCUGGCAUAGUCAUUUAAAAAACGAGAAUCUAUUCUUAUUCAGUUAAAUUGGUGUGUGUGUGUGUGUGUGUGUGUGUGUGUGUGUGUGUGUGUGUGGGGGCGGGGUAUUACUGUAAAUAUUAGUGCCUAACUUAGGUCUGUACAUUGGAACCAGCAAUGAUGUAUAACAACCAUUGAUCUGGUUUAACUUGAGUCUAAAGACUAUCGCUGACACACAACCUGCCGCCUGGAAGAAAAAAAGAAGAUGCAAGACCCCAGAGAAACAUUCUGGGCGAUGUUGGAGUUUGUCUGUCAAACCCAAAUCAAUACACCUGUCCUGCACUGCUUUAGUAGCAUGGUUUAUUGAGGUCCGGGCCCCACAUACAAGCCCCAUGUGUGUUCGAAACUGCAGAGUUUUCACCACAUGCAACAUGUAACGUGUGUGAUAACUGAUUCUAAUUAUUAUUUUGGUUAUUAAAUCAUGCAAUAGCCUCCA